CCCCGCGUGGGGGCCGCUGCACCCCCACCCUGCCUGUCACCGCGGCCCCCGGCCAGGAUGCUGCUGAGGGCCGCGGUGCUGGCGGUGCACGCCGCCUUCCUGGCUGCCCUCCGCCCCAGCGACCCCAACGUCUGCAGCUACUGGGAGAGCUUCACGGCGGCAGUGAAGGAAUCCUACACCAAACCCCACGUCGUGUCCUCCAGCGAGCCCUGUCCCGGCGGGCUGGGCUCCUCCCUGCCCUGCCCGCAGCACAGGGUCGUGUACCGCACCGAGUACCGCCAGGCCAUCCGCACCGACUACCGGCGGCGCUACCAGUGCUGCCUGGGCUACUACGAGAGCCGGGACUCCUGUGUCCCUCGCUGCAGCCAGGAGUGUGUCCACGGCCGGUGUGUGGCUCCCGAGCUGUGCCAGUGCGAGCCGGGCUGGCGUGGCACUGACUGCUCCAGCGAGUGUGACGAGCAGUCGUGGGGGCCGGGCUGUGGGAAACGCUGCAACUGCCACCACGGGGCCCCCUGUGACCCCCUGACCGGGGUCUGCUCCUGCCCCCCCGGCUUCGCCGACCCUCUGUGCCACCAGCCGUGCCCCCCUGGCACCUACGGGCAGGGCUGUCACCUGCCCUGUCCCUGCCACCACCAGGCCCCCUCUCCAGCCUGCGCCCCUGGCUCCUGGGGGGAUGCCUGUGCCCAGCCCUGCCUGUGCCACCAUGGGGGGACGUGUCACCCUGCUGAGGGGACCUGCCACUGCCCAGCUGGCUGGAGAGGGACGCUCUGCGAAGAAGCCUGUGCCCCCGGGACCUUCGGGCUCCAGUGUGACCAACUCUGCCACUGUCCCCACAAUGCCACCUGCCACCCCGCCACCGGCACGUGUCCCUGCCCCCCUGGCACAACUGGGCCCCACUGCGAGGCUGGGACCCCUGAGCAGCCCUACACCAUUGUGCCAGCCCCCCCUGCAGCCUACAGCUCCCUGGGGGUGGUGCUGAGCCUGGUGGCCCUGGCGGCGCUGCUGGUGGCCGUGGUGGUCGUGGCCCUGUGCUACCGCCACCGGCAGAAGGGCAAGGAGAGCCGGCACCUGGCCGUGGCCUACACGGCAGGACAGACGGACACCUCCGAUUACAUGGUGCCAGAUGUGCCACCGAGCCACCACGCACACUACUACUCCAACCCCAGCUACCACACGCUGUCCCAGUGCCCGCCGCUGCCCCCCGGCCCCCAGGACAGAGCCAGCUCCCUCAAGGUGCACGGCCCACAGCUCUUCCCUGGCCUGGAGAGACCCUACGGCCCUGAAGGCAAUGCCACGCUGCCCCCUGACUGGAAGCACCUCGGGGCAUCAGCCCCGGGCCCCAGGGGGGGGCAGCUGGACCGGAGCUACAGCUACAGCUACAGCCCUGGGUUUGGGAAGUGUGACAGCAAAGGUACGGAGGGGGAGGGAGGGGA